CGCAAUUACAAUUGCAAUUGCUUUUCUUCUACUUCCCUUCUUUCUUUCCUUUCCGUUAGCUAGUCCUCUCUUCUUUUGGCGGGACCGUGGCCCCUACCAAAACCAAAGUCUCUUUCUCAUAAAUACCUUCUCCCUUCCCAACCAUACCCAUUCCCUCCACACACCCAAAAAAUCCCAUCCUCCCUUCUCUUCUCUUCACUCUGUAAACAAUUGCUUCACUCAAGCCGGGGCAGCCACGUCACCAAUCAUGAAAAAGAAGAGCCACCUCAGUCCCUUCUCUAUGUUCAUAAUCUUCUUCUUACAGUUCACUCUCGCUCUCUCUCUCACUCCAGACGGCCUGUCGUUGCUCUCUUUAAAGUCGGCCGUCGAUCAAGACGGCUCUACCACGGCUUUCGUCGACUGGAACGAAAACGACGCCAACCCGUGUCGUUGGACCGGCAUUUCGUGCAUGAACAUCACCGGGUUUUCGGACCCGCGCGUCGUCGGAAUCUCCGUCGCCGGAAAGAAUCUCCGGGGGUAUAUUCCGUCGGAGCUCGGUGGUUUGGUUUAUCUCCGGCGACUCAACCUCCACAACAACAACUUCUACGGCUCGUUGCCUUCGCAGCUCUUCAACGCCACGUCGCUACACAGUAUCUUCCUCUACAGUAACAAUCUCUCCGGUUCUCUCCCUCCUUCACUCUGUGCUCUCCCUCGCCUCCAAAACCUCGAUCUCUCGAACAAUUCCCUCUCCGGACCGAUCUCCGAAUCCCUCAAGAACUGCAAGCAGUUGCAGCGCUUAAUUCUCGCCAGAAACAAGUUCUCCGGCGAGAUUCCGGCGGGAAUUUGGCCGGAACUGGAAAACCUCCUCCAGCUCGACCUCUCCGCCAACAAUCUCUCCGGCGCAAUCCCCGACGAUAUCGGUCAGCUCUCCACUCUCUCCGGUACGCUCAAUCUCUCCUACAACCACUUAUCGGGAAAACUCCCGAAAUCUCUCGGGAAUUUACCAGUAACAGUGAGCUUCGAUCUCCGAAACAAUAACCUAAGCGGCGAAAUCCCUCAAACGGGGUCGUUUGUGAACCAAGGACCAACCGCUUUUCUCAACAACCCAAACCUCUGCGGAUUCCCGUUACAAAAAACUUGCCGUAAAUCUCAACAAGACUCAACACCGAGUCCAGAUUCUUCUUCUAAUGGCGAAAAUAGUAACAGUAACAAAGGGCUGAGUCCCGGUUUGAUUAUACUAAUCUCAGUUGCUGAUGCGGCUGCUGUAGCGAUCAUUGGCUUGGUGAUCGUUUACAUAUACUGGAAAAAGAAAGACAACGCUAAUGGCUGUAGCUGCACUGGGAAAAGCAAACUGGGUAGUGGCAAUCAAAAGAGAGCGCAAUUCUGUGCUUGCCUGUGCGUUAAUGGGUUCAAGAGUGAAGAGUCGGAAUUGGACGAAGGCGAGAGAAUUGAGAGAGCUGGGAAAGGGGAAGGAGAGCUGGUGGCGAUUGACAAAGGGUUCACGUUUGAGCUGGACGAGUUGCUGAGAGCUUCGGCUUACGUGUUGGGGAAGAGUGGGCUGGGGAUAGUGUACAAGGUGGUGCUCGGGAAUGGGAUUCCGGUGGCGGUGCGGCGGCUGGGCGAGGGCGGAGAGCAGAGGUAUAAGGAGUUUGCGGCGGAGGUUCAGGCGAUUGGGAGAGUGAAGCAUCCGAAUGUGGUGAGGUUGAGAGCUUAUUAUUGGGCUCCUGAUGAGAAGCUGCUUAUUAGUGAUUUCAUCUCCAAUGGCAACCUAAUUUCUGCUCUUCGUGGGAGAAGUGGUCAGUCAUCUUCAAGCCUCUCAUGGUCCACCAGGUUGAAAAUUGCUAAGGGCGCAGCCAGGGGCUUGGCCUACCUCCACGAAUGCAGCCCAAGAAAAUUUGUCCAUGGUGACAUUAAACCAUCAAACAUCCUCAUUGACAAUGAAUACCAAGCUCACAUUUCUGAUUUUGGCCUUAACAGACUCAUUAGCAUUACAGGCAAUAACCCAUCUUCCUCUGGUGGCUUCAUUGGUGGAGCUCUACCUUACCUAAAGUCAGUCCAAACUGAGAAAACAAACAAUUACAAAGCCCCUGAGGCUCGAGUAACUGGUAGUAGACCUACACAAAAAUGGGAUGUCUAUUCUUUUGGAGUUGUGUUACUUGAAAUGCUUACUGGGAAAUCACCAGAGCUUUCUCCAACCACUUCAACCUCCAUCGAAAUUCCGGACCUAGUGAGGUGGAUUAGGAAGGGAUUUGAAGAAGAAAAACCAUUGUCAGAUAUGGUAGACCCUAUGUUGCUGCAAGAAGUACACGCCAAGAAAGAAGUUUUGGCAGUGUUUCAUGUGGCCCUUGCUUGCACAGAGGCAGACCCUGAGAUUCGGCCUAGAAUGAAAACUGUCUCGGAAAAUAUUGAUAGGAUUGGAACGUGAGAAAGUGAUAUCAUGACCUUAUGCAAGAAUCUUGGUCAUUUUGUACUGAGAUUUUCUUCUGGGCAAUUCUUUUGUCCCUUGGUGAUUUUUGGAAAUCAGAAUUUUGUUUAGGCCACGGUACAGAGACUUGAAAAGCCUACGUUUUGUGGACCAAGGCCCAGGAAUUCUUUUUGCAAGUGGAUCAGCUGUUCGGACCACCAUUUGAUUAUACAUUUGUUUUUCUUUUUUUGUGGCAAUUAAGUAGCUAUAUUUUGUAAUUUAAAAUUUAUCCAUAUUCCUCAAGAAUAUGGACUUGUAAUAAUAAUGUUUUUCAUAUUCUCCUCA